UGUUAUAUUAAACAAUUUAGAAGCGAUGUUAUAUUUGAAAAUAUUUUCAGUUAUACCUCCAGUAAACUAUUAGGAGAUAUCAAGUUAUCGUGUUUAAAGGAAGUUAUUAUUUUAUUAAAAUUAAUAUUGUUUGAAAAUUUUUAAAUUUUAUCUAUUGACAUUAAAUAUGGCUAAUUAUCAAAGUCAAUAUAAGGUAAAUAAUAAUUUUGGAAACAUUAAAAAUAAUCGUGCUAAGCGUGCUAGAAUAUCCGAACUCAAACGUAAAGAACAGAGAAUUGAAGACUUCGCAAAAAAACGUGAAUUAGAAAUUAUUCCUGAUGAAAAAACGGAAGAUGUCAAGGAUAAUAGAUACCACAAGCUAUUAAAAUGGAGAGCGGAACGUGAUAGGCUUAAAAAAAUGGAGCAGAUAAAGAAAAAACCUGCCUUCAAAGUAGGCGUAGUCCAUCAUAAUUACUAUUCUCCUCCGAUAAAAGAUUCUAGUGUACUACCUCCUAUUAAAUCAUCUCUACAUAAUCAAAAACAAAUUACACAACCUACAUUAGUAUCAAGAAGAAUAACUAGAGCUACUGAAAAACGUCUUCUUAGGAAACAAGAGAUAUUGACUACCGAAGUACCACCAAAACAAAAUGUUAAAGAAAAAAAACAAAAGAAAUCUGAAGGAAAAAAUAAAAGAAAAAAUAACGUUAAAACUGAACAAAAAUCUUUUGCACCUAGUAAUUAUAAGUUUACUGCUCCAAGCGGUAUAACAAGUAUGCCUUUAUUUGGUCGUGUAAAUAUAAUACUUACACCUGUAAAAGAUUCAAAAUCAAUUAACAAUAAAAUUGAAGAUAGAAUAUCUUCGUUAAACGAAAAGUCAGAAUCAUUAGAUCAAGAUUAUAAUGAAACAACUAAUAUAAAUGAUAAAAUGCCUAAUAAUAGCAUAAUAAGCGGUUCAAUAGAAACAUUAAAUAAUAAUCGUGAAAUGACAUUUAACUUUUCUGACAAAGAAGGAGAAUUUCUUAGAAAUAGUACUUUUUCCGAUGAUAGUAGUCAUUCAAAAAUGACACUGUCGCCUAGCAAUAUUUCAGCCAUCAUGACAGAAAAAGAAACACACAAAAAUUCAAGCAAUAAUAAAAUUAAAACUUCUUUUUCAAAAAAAAUUUCUAAAGGAAAAGUUAUAAACAAGUCCUUUCAAAAUAUAAAUAGCAGUCAAAGUAAAAAAACACCUUCUUCAACAAAUGAUAAUGCCAAUUUAACAGAAACUAAUUUAUUUAAGGAUCCAGCAUACUUUUCACCAUACAUAGUAUCAAAACGAGGUAAAAGUAAUGCUAGAAAGGAACAACAAUUACGUCGUGGUAUUGGCUCUCCAAAUGAUAAUAUUCCUACUAAAGAAACAGUUAUGCAAACUCUUAACUUAUCGAUUGAAGAAGAAGAACGUACUGCGCAAUAUUUUGCUUUCCUAUUAAAAAAAGAAACAGACAAACUUAAUGAACUUAUCAAUAAGUGGACAGAUAUUCAAAAAGAAUCAAAUAUUACAGAAGAUGCUCAAUAUCUAAUUAAUCAAGCUAUAGGACAAACACGUCUAUUAAUAAAUAAAAAAUUUGAAAGAUUUCAAAGACUAGUAUCUGACUGCGAGAGUGGUAAAGGAGAAAUGUUAGUUACUUGUAGAGACUUACAAGGAUUCUGGGACAUGAUGUACAUGGAAAUUCAAAAUUGUGAUUCACGAUUUGAAGCAUUAGAAAAGCUUCGUUCUAGAGGCUGGGAAGAAGAAAAAGAAGAAAUUGUUGUCAAAGUUAAACCUAAAAGAAAAGUAGUGUCAAAGAAGAAAGUUGUGCCUAAGAAGAAAAGUUCAGUCCAAGCUUUUAUCUUAGCUGCUAAGCAAAAGAUGAAAAAUAAUACAAACAAUUCAAAAAUAUUAGAAAAAGAUGCGAAUGAAUCUUUAACUUCCGUAAAUAAUAUUGAUAUAGAAAACAGAGAUGAUAUCUUGAUCAAUGGUGAUAUUAAACAUUUGAAAUCUACAGACUCUAAAGAUGAAUUAUCUGUAGUUGCUACAAACGAAAAUACUAGACAAAGUUUAUUAAAAAAAACUCUUUUAUUGGAAACAUGUAAAUCUAUACAAACUCCAAUGACCAUAAUGAAAAUAAGCCAAAUGUACAAAACGCCAAAAAUUGAAUUAGAUGAUUCCAUAUCGUAUAUUAACUCUAAACAAACACCAAGUAAAAGCAUAUUAAAACGUUCUGAUGAUUUUCCAAUAAAUAAUAUACAUUUAUCAAGAUCCACGCAGAAAGUUAACUUUAAUGACCAAGUGGUCUUGAAUGAGCUGUCUGAUAGUGAAGAAGCCCAAAAUAGUUUAGCUGCUAGAUUAGCUAGAAUAGACAAUUAUGAUUUAGAUAAUGAAUACGAAAAUGAUAACAUGGAAGUUGCAAAAAGACUUGAAUUCGAUAAUUCUUUUCAAGAUUCAAAAAAUAAUUUACAAGUUAAUACUAAGCAAUUACUUUCAUCUACACACACUGUAACUAACAAGGAAGAUGAUAUUCUUCUGAAUGAUAAGACAUGCGAACAAUUUGUCACAAAUGUUUCUUCACCUGAAAAUCAAAAAAUAUUAAAUAUGUCAUUAGAGGAAUCUGCAGAAAAUACAACUAAAAGGAGAACUCUUAGAAACAGAACCAUUGUAACGGAAAACUCUACAAAUAGAAUGUCUACAAGAAAUAGAAAAACUGAUAUUAAAGAUUUAAUUGAUGAAAAGGACGAAUUUAAUCAAAAAGAAAAUAAGAAUCCUUUAAAGUCAAGAAAACAAUCAAGAAAAAAGUCAAUUAAUGUUGAAGAAGAAGAAGUUAAUGUAAAGAAAGAAAUCUGUGUUACACCAGUAAAUGUAAAAAAAGAGCUAAGAAGAUCCUCUCGAAAAAGUGUGAAGUUUAAUGUUGAAGAUUGCGAAGCCUGUGUAGAAGGUAAAUUCAAUCUUCCACUGACACCAUAUUUUAGAUGUAGCAAAGGUAGAUUGAGCUUCUUACAAGAGAAUAAUACACCUAUAAACCCUCCUUCACCCAAUAAAGAUUUGAUUUCAUGGGAUUCUCCAAAAAUUCCUGCUAGAGUAAUAAGAAGAUCCACGAGAAAUUUCACUAAACAUGUAUUCUAAUAAUCCAUAUUGUAUAACUUUUGUACAUAUAUUCUUCUACUUAUUGACUUACACUUAACUUUUACUUAUCAACUAAUUUUACUUAAAGAUAUGUACACUUAGCUUUAACUUAUUACUUAUUAACUUCUCAUUUCCUUUGUCUAGUAUUUCUUUUGCAUAAAAAAUCAAAAUUACAUUAAAUGUUAUUAAAAAUUGUUUUUAAUUAAAAGUAUAGUUUAACAUUCAUUGUUUUUGGCAAAAUUCAUUUUUGGUGGUAAUAAAAAUAAAAUAUAUACUUUUAGCUAUUUCUAUAAUAAUAUAUAAUGUUUACAAAUAUAUCAUCAAGUAUAUUAUUACUGAAUCUAUAAAUUAAAUUAAAAA